AUGCACAGUAAACCAACACGCAAUACUCUCUUUUUGCUGGUGUUGUCGACAUUACUCGUUGUUAUAUCGACAAAUCUCGCAAAUGCAACUCCUGUUGGUUUAAGAUCAAAGACAGCAGUUAAACAAUCGAAAUGGACUGAGACCGGUCAAUUAAGUAACCCACGAAUGUAUCAAGCUGCAAGUUUAUCACCAGAUGGAAAGGUGUUAGUCAGUGGUGGAAUAGGUGAUGAUGUUUGCUCCACAGGGGAACUAUACGAUCCAACAACUAAAAAUUGGACGAAGACACUUGGCAUGACUGAUUGUCGAUGGUUUCAUACAUCAACUACUUUGAAAAAUGGCAAAGUCUUAAUUGCUGGAGGAUAUGCUGAUUCAUCAGCACCUUUGAAUAAUGUCAAAGACCCCAUGAGUCAGUGUGAAUUGUAUGAAGCAUCAACAGGAUUCUGGAUACCUACCAAUCAGAUGAAUGUUAAACGGUGUUUUCACACAGCAACCUUAUUACGAAAUGGAAAUGUUCUAGUUGUUGGUGGAUCCGAUAGUCAACCGAACACUGCUGAAAUAUACGAUCCAAAAAUGGAAUCUUGGACACAGACUACAAAUUUGCAAUAUGGACGCAAAUGGCAUGCGGCAGCUGCGCUGAAAAAUGGCAACGUUUUAGUAACCGGUGGAUAUGACAUUCCACUUAAUACUAUAGACAACGCAGAACUAUAUGAUUCAUCGACAGGCACGUGGAAAGUUGUGGCCAGUAUGAAAUACAAGCGAUAUCUUCACACUCUCAUAUUACUGACGAACGGUAAAGUGUUAGCCGUUGGUGGAAUAGAUGAUAAUAAUGAUGUUUUAAACACCACCGAACUGUUUGAUCCAUCGACUGAAACAUGGACAAUUACUGGUGCUAUGGUUCGAGGACGAUUUGGGCAUGCUGCAUCUUUAUUGAACAAUGGAAAAGUUUUAGUUUCUGGUGGACAAGAUGAUACUGGCGCCUCUUCAGAUAAUGCGGAGCUCUAUGACUCCGCGACAGAAAAAUGGACAAGUACGAACAGUAUGCAUUACAAACGACAAAGUCACACAGCGACGGUGCUAGCCGAUGGAAACGUGAUUGUUAUUGGUGGUAAUGAUGUGGAUCACGGGGCUCAAGUCACACCGGAAAUAUAUAGUCUAUCGACGGAUGCUUAA